CAAAUCCACAAGCUAUACCCUUCUGAAGACUCACCAGCUGGCUUAUGUGUGUAUCUUCAUAAUGCAGCAACACUGGACAACUUUACAGAGUAAAUUCUGGGAUGGAACAACUCAUAGCUGUGACAGUUUGGUGCUGAAGAGUUGCCUUGUGUCUCUCUCAUCAAAUCAUGGGAAGUAGCACUUUCACCUCUAGACCUUCAUCACCCACCCUCCUGUGAGCCUUGGAGGCUGUGAGCCUUGAGAUGCAACAACAGCGCUGUGCCUUCAUCUCCUUACCUCAGACAUGGAAGAAGACACCAGAACCAUCUCCUGAUGUCUGCCUUUCCUUCUUGGCUUCUCUAAUUAACUCUUCUCCUUCCAAUCAUCCAUCUUCCUCCUCACAUCCAUGUUUCUGCUGCUCUCCUCAUCUUUGUCCUUCCUUUGCACCCUUUUCCCUUUGUGGCCUCCUGAGGCUCCUCUUUGUCCUCCUGGCCUCCGUGUGUUUACUGACCUGCCCAGCCCAGGCUGCCUGGUUUCGGGUUGGGGUGGUGGGGCCCUGGGGAUGUGACCCUCUCUUUGCCAAGGCCCUUCCAAGUGUGGCGGCACAGCUCGCCGUCAACCGCAUCAACAAGGACCCUUCGCUGUCCUACGCUGUAACGUUCGAGUAUGCAGUGCUGCAGGAGCCAUGUGAGACAUCCAGGGCACUGGAGGCAUUCAUGGGUUUCCACACCAAAGCUUCAGGCUACAUUGGACCAGCCAACCCAGGCUACUGUGAUGCUGCUUCAAUGCUGAGCAAAGGCUGGAAUAAAGCAUUGUUUCCUUGGGGAUGUGUUGGCUAUGAGUUGGAUGAUGUUCGGAGCCAUCCAACCUUUGCUCGCUCAAUGGCAAGACCUACUUGGGUCCUACUCAGUGUCAUGAGCUACUUCAGGUGGGCUCACGUUGGCAUAAUUUCUUCCUCUGAGGACAUCUGGAAGGAUACGGCUUCCAAGGUGGCUGAUGCCUUGAGGAGCCAUGGCAUGCCAGUCAGACUUGUCACUUUUAUGGAGAACACACCCCAUGGCAUCAGACGAGCUCUCACUAAAAUCCGCAAGAUGAGAGAAAUACGAGUUGUGAUCCUCUGCAUGCACUCAGCACUGAUCGGUGGCACAGUCCAGAGGCUUCUAUUGGAGACGGCCUAUGACAUGCAGAUGAUCGAUGGCUCUCUAGUGUUUGUUCCAUAUGACACACUGCUCUACAGCCUGCCCUACCAUAACGUGACCUACCCAGCUCUGAAGAGGAAUGGAAAACUGCUGCGGGCUUACGACGCCAUGCUGACCAUCACUAUUGACUCACCCCAGGUGUCAUUCUAUGAGGCCUACAAAGAAGCCAUGGGGAAGGGAGAGGUGGCAAGAACAUUGGAACCCCAACAGGUGUCUCCUCUGUUUGGUACAAUCUACAACUCUGUUAUGUUCAUGGCUCAUGCAGUGCAUCAGGUUUUGGAGUCCAAGGAGUGGAUGUCUGGAGGAAAUCUGGCACAACACACCCGCAACUUAGCCUUCCAGGGCUUCAGCCACCCCAUCAAAACCAACAGUUCAGGAGCAGCCCUGCUGGACUACCUCAUAUUAGACACAGACGGAAUAUCCUGGGAGCUGAAGCCAACACACAAGAUCGACAUGGAGAUAGGUAUGGUCCGCUUCUUGGGUAAAGACAUCCAUUUCCCUCGAGGUAAUGAACCCUGGAAAGAUGCCUCAUGCUGGUUUACUCCAGGAGUCAUCUGCUCAGGAGGAGUGGAUUUGUUCUCUACCAUAAGCGCAUUCUUCGGGGUGAUUGCUGCCUUUAUUGGUGCUGUCCCACUGAUUUACUGCAUCAGGCGACGGAUCAAUCAGAUCCGACUGGUCAGAGGUCCCAACAAGAUCUUGCUGACAUUGGCUGAUGUCACAUUCAUAAACCCAUCACUUAGCAAUAAGAAGCUGAGUCUGGAUGACAGCAGGACUAGUGGCAUGAAGAGCAUGUCUGAGCGCAGUCUUGCCUCAACCAUCUCCACCCAAUCUCCAGCCACCUAUGAAAAUUCCAACGUUGUCAUUUUUGAGGGGGACUGGGCGUGGCUGAAGAGACUACCUUAUGGGACAUUUGGCAGCAUCAGCCCCAAAACGAGCGAUGUGUUUGAAUUGAUGAAGGACAUGCGUCAUGAGAAUGUCAACCCUUUCCUGGGCUUCUUUCAUGACUGUGGCGUGUUUGCCAUUGUAACCGAGUUCUGCUCCAGAGGCAGCCUGGAGGACUUGCUCCUAAAUGAAGAUGUCAAACUCGACUGGAUGUUCAAGUCAUCUCUGUUGCUGGAUCUAAUUAAGGGUAUGAAGUAUCUUCAUCACCGUGGAGUAUCUCACACCCGUCUCAAGUCUCGCAACUGCGUAGUGGAUGGGCGUUUUGUCUUAAAGGUCACGGACUAUGGCUACAAUGAGGUUCUAGAGUCUCAAAGGUUCCCCUAUGUUGAACCACGUACAGAUGAGUUACUUUGGACAGCUCCAGAGAUCCUGAGGAGCAGUCAGCCAGGACUACACGGGACCCUACCGGGUGAUGUGUACAGCUUUGCCAUCAUCAUGCAGGAGGUGGUGGUGAGAGGGCCUCCAUUCUGCAUGUUGGAUCUGUCCGAUAAAGAAAUAAUAGAGAAGCUGCGUAAGCCUCCUCCUCUCUGUCGUCCGGUGGUCAGUCCGGACUAUGCUCCAAUGGAGUGCAUCCAGCUGAUGAAACAGUGCUGGAACGAACAGCCAGACAAGAGGCCGCCCUUUGACGAGAUCUUUGACCAGUUUAAAAACAUCAACAAGGGGAAGAAAACCAACAUCAUUGACUCCAUGCUGAGGAUGCUGGAGCAGUACUCGUCUAACCUGGAGGAGCUCAUCAGAGAGCGGACAGAGGAGCUGGAGAUAGAGAAACAGAAGACAGAGAAGCUUUUGACGCAGAUGCUGCCUCCGUCUGUGGCAGAAGCUUUGAAGGUGGGCGGGACAGUCAAGCCAGAAUAUUUUGAUCAGGUGUCGCUCUAUUUCAGCGACAUCGUUGGCUUCACCACCAUCUCAGCUAACAGCGAACCCAUUGAGGUGGUCGAUCUCCUCAACGACCUCUACACGCUCUUUGACGCCAUUAUAGGAAACCACGACGUCUACAAGGUGGAGACGAUAGGUGAUGCUUACAUGGUGGCAUCAGGCGUUCCGGUCCCUAACGGCAUCCGACACGCUGUAGAAAUAGCCAACAUGGCUCUUGACAUCCUGAGUGCUGUGGGGACCUUUAAAAUGAGACACAUGCCUGAUGUUCCAGUGAGAAUACGAAUAGGACUACACACAGGUCCAUGUGUAGCAGGUGUUGUGGGUCUCACCAUGCCUCGCUACUGUCUGUUUGGAGACACAGUGACCACUGCCUCUCGUAUGGAGUCCAGCGGGAUGCCUUACAGGAUCCACGUCCAUCAGAGUACAGUGAAGGUCCUGCAUGACCUAAAUCUUGGCUACAAGUUGGAGUUGAGAGGAAGGACAGAAGUCCGGGGGAAAGGAAUAGAGGAGACCUACUGGCUCGUAGGAAGAGAUGGAUUUACUAAACCUCUGCCUGUUCCUCCAGAACUCAAGUCCGGCACCAGCAUUUGCAUCCCGAGGAAGCAAUCAAAGGACAUGAAGCUAAUGUUUCACAAGGCAGUGAAGAAGAUCUCGCAUGUCCGUGUCGUGACGCAGCUCUACGUGCACGAAGAUGACGACAACGUCAUGAUGACGCAUCACUGAAUGACCUGUUAUCCAUGACUGGACACCAGUAUCUCCAGCCUCCACGCUAUUCCAGCGGGAAACACAGUAGAGAAAAUGGAUACAAACACCAUCUUUAAUUUCCAGGAAGAAAGCAUGAAACAAAACUCUGCUGGUGAUUAUCCACACAGGGCAGUGAACAGGAGGAGGACGAGGGUGAAAGUGUAACUUCAGAUUAACAGGAGUCACUGUGUCUGUGUGUGUGGGUGUGUUUACGUCUGUGUGUAUUAGCAGCUUGAGCUGAGGACAUGAAGUCCAGUGUGGGGCUAUGUAUAGAGGCCAGCAAAUAGAGACUCAGCAAAGCAGGGAUCUGCAGAAGCUGUCUGUCAGCAGCAAAGGAGCCCAGCUAAUCUCUCCCAUUCAUUUCCUCCUCUUUUGUUUAGUUUCUGUCUGAAGCAAGAAAAGGUGAGGAUGAGCAGGCUUUGUGGGGCCUUGCAUUUGUAUUGGAAUGGCACAAAAACACAGAAAUACCCAGAAAUGAUUACUUGUUUUGGUACUUGCAGUAGUUACUGUCCCCACUUGGAAUUAGAAAGGUAUUAGUCAUUGUAGCUUGUUUGAUUGAUUGAUUUAUUUUUGCAAAAAUAAAUAAAUAAAUAAUCUAAAGAUAGUGAGAGGUUACAGCUUAAAAAUGUAAUGAAAAAGAAAACAAAACUAAUAAAGUUACAUUAUAAAGGACUAAGAAAAAUAUAGAUUUGGGGUAUUUUUUUCUUAAUGUAGAGAAUGAAAACUCCUAAAAAUGACAUCAAAUGUCUAAACUGCAUUAUCAUCUCUCUUUUAAAAUACACACUCAUAAAAUUAAACAUCUGUAUAAGGAGCAGUGGUGAUUCGACAGUCCGUUGGGGCCCCAGACAAAAAUUCAGAUGGAGUUUCUCCGUCCACAGUUCAUCACCAUUAGGUUAGAAAUACAAUAACCAGGAAACAUUAGCAAACUUAGCAUUCAUAGUUUGAA